GGUGCGGUAGAGCGAAUUUGGGGGCGGGAUGAGGGCGGUGUCGCUAGGUCUCCCGGAAGGAGGGUGUCGCGUAGCAGCUUUGGCGCUGAUAUACUGAGAAUGGUGCUGAUCAAGGAAUUCCGCAUAGUUCUGCCGUGCUCAGUAGAAGAGUAUCAGGUUGGACAGCUGUACUCUGUGGCAGAAGCCAGUAAGAAUGAGACUGGUGGUGGUGAAGGAAUUGAGGUUUUAAAGAAUGAGCCAUAUGAAAAAGAAGGUGAAAAGGGUCAAUAUACACACAAAAUCUAUCAUUUGAAAAGCAAAGUUCCUGGCUUUGUGAAGAUGUUUGCUCCAGAGGGGUCAUUAAUCUUUCAUGAAAAAGCGUGGAAUGCAUUUCCUUACUGCAGAACAAUUGUAACGAAUGAAUACAUGAAAGACGACUUUUUCAUUAAAAUUGAGACAUGGCAUAAACCAGAUAUGGGAACUCAAGAAAAUGUCCAUUGUCUAGAUCCCAACAUAUGGAAGUCUGUUGACGUGGUUGACAUUGACAUUGCAGACAGGAGCCAAGUAGAACCUGCAGAUUACAAAGAAAAAGAAGACCCUGCAAUAUUUCAGUCUCUUAAAACAAAGAGGGGCCCUUUGGGUCCCAACUGGAAGAAAGAGUUGGCUAACUCUGAGGAUUGCCCACACAUGUGUGCAUACAAGCUGGUAACAAUCAAAUUUAAAUGGUGGGGACUUCAAAACAAAGUAGAAAGCUUUAUUCAGAAGCAAGAAAAGCGAAUAUUUACCAACUUUCACCGACAGCUGUUCUGUUGGAUUGAUGAUUGGGUUGACCUGACCAUGGAAGAUAUCAGAAGAAUGGAGGAUAAAACACAGAGAGAAUUGGAAGCAAUGCGUAAGAGUGGUGCUAUUCGUGGCACAUCAGCAGCUGAUCAAUAAGCAAGUCCUCUCUAGUUUGAGGGGUAAAAUUGAGCUGCGCAACCAAGGUCAAGUAAGAGGAACAAGUGCUGCCACUGAUGAAUGAAGACGGACAUGACCAAAUCGCAUGCAGACUUGAUUUUGCCAUUUAUACUUGUUUAUAUUCCUAUACAAUAAUGUAUAGCUGUAUAAACCCUUCUGAGCAUCAGCUGCUUUAGUGUACUGUACCUGACAUGAGCAAAACGAUAAGAGAAUGUUUACUGUAUAUAUCAAUAGUUUACCGAAUGUUACAAGAAUACCUAAGUACAAACCCACCAACCAAUAUGUUACCAAAAUUGACAGAGACGUUCCUUAUGUAUAUAGAUAUAUUUUUAAUGAAUGAACGUACAGAUUCAUGCAGAAAUGACUUUGCCUUCUGAGUACAGAGACUCUAAUUGUACUGUCUGUCUUGCAGAAAUAUAUUUUUCUGACAUUUGAGUACCGUGUAAAACACUAACACUUGUCUUAUAUUUCCCACAUUGGUAGACCUUUAUCUUUUAUUUGACAUAAAAAAUCCCCCUGCCCCCCCCCCCCCCCCCCCCCCCGGCAAAGAACUCAUGUACCAUACUUUUUUGCACAGUGCAUAUGUAUAUAUUAUAUAUAUAUAUAUAUAUAUAUAUAUGUAUAAUAUAUAUUAUAUUCCAGUCACCUUUAUACUGCAAAUUUUAAAUUCUGCAGCUUUUAGGUGUCUCUAAGGAACAAUUUUAUGCCCCAGAUGCGGUUUUUUCACUUGAUGUUGCCACUUGGUAACUAUGCAAACUGUUUCAGUAUGUAUUUAUUCACUUGCAGCUAAUUGAUAUACUUUUCAUGCGGACUCAAUUGUUCAAGUAAGAUUCACAACAACUCUUCACAAGUUGCUUAGGAUUCCGUUAUUUGCAUAUGUAGGCGAACCAUCAAACAGCCUAAUUGUAGGCUAUUAUAGGAAUUGGUGUCCUUUUUUAUUAAAGGUAGGCAUACUGAAUUCCAUUUUUGGACAUGCUGGUUACUAGAUUUAAACUAAUAGAAGAAUAUUUAUUUUUUAGUUAGGUUGUUUAACUAAAAUCCAGCAAUUCAAUACAAUCAAUGUACAUUUGCCUUUUAAUAUUUUAGGACCUUUUUGAAAAUAGUUAUAUUUAAUAUACCAUUUUCCUUGUACUUUGGCAAUUUGUUAUCCAAGAAUACUACCCAAGAAUGGUACGUCUUUUGGGGAAAAAAACAAGGGAUGGCUGUUUGUUGCACUGUAUAGAAUUUGUGUCUCAAGAACGCUUGUAUGGGAUGUGCUGUCACUCUAAUCUUCUGAGAUGUUUUGUGGCGUCUAUAAAGAGGAAUCUUCCAGAUGAACUGAAGGUUGGCUGUCAGUUUGGUGAGCCUAAAAUCAUAUGGGACUAACACCUUAAGCUCACAUCUGGCUUACUACUUCUCUUGCCUGUUGAACAAUGCAACCCUUGUCUAGAUCUUUCCUUUAUUUCUUUAAUAUAUUGACGCUGUACUGUCUCUUUAAAGCAAGGUGGGCAAACUAACUUUCCAGAUGACUAUGACUACUCAGCUGCUGCGGUUUCCUGGGGCUUGUAGUUUAACAACAUCUGGAAGGCCAGAGAUUGCUCAUCACUGCUUUUAAAUAGUUAACUGUAUCCAGCUGGACUUUACUUCCUCAGCUAGUCCAUUGGACUUUUUGUGGCUGGGUGUGCUAAGUUUGUGAUCCAAAUGGAUAACGUGUACAAUUUCUCCUACCAGGCAAGGGAACGUGCAAUCUUUCUGUCUAGAUAGUUCAGGGACACAUAUACUGAAUGUAAAAUAUUUAGAACUACAAAAAUUAUGUAAACGUGUCAGUUAAAUUAAAUGAACCAAUAAAUGUCAUCAGCCCAGCUGCUAUAUAUA